AAUGCGUAUGUGAUGACAAGUAGAGAACCCCCUUUAAACACUGCGGCUUGCAGACUGCUCCUGGACAUCAUGCCGGGCCUAGAAACUGCUGUUGUCUUUCAAGAAAAGGAAGGAAUUGUUGAAAAUCUUUUCAAAUGGGCCCGAGAGGCUGAUCAGCCACUUAGGACAUAUUCUACUGGACUGCUGGGAGGUGCUAUGGAAAAUCAAGAUAUUGCUGCCAACUACAGAGAUGAAAAUUCACAGUUGGUGGCAAUAGUGCUUAGAAGACUGAGGGAGCUCCAGCUUCAAGAAGUGACUUUGCGGCAGGACAGUAAGCGUCCUAGUCCACGGAAGCUCUCUUCGGAACCCCUUUUGCCUCUGGAUGAGGAAGCUGUGGAUAUGGACUAUGGUGACAUGGCAGUAGAUGUUGUGGAUGGAGAACAAGAAUCUUCUAGAGAUAUGGAGAUCUCCUUUCGUCUUGAUUCAAGUCACAAGACCAGUAGUAGAGUGAACUCGGCAACUAAACCUGAGGAAGGAGGAUUAAAGAAAAACAAGUCUGCAAAGCAUGGUGACAGAGAGAACUUUAGGAAGGCCAAGCAGAAGUUGGGCUUCUCAUCUUCUGACCCAGAUCGUGUGUUUGUUGAGCUGUCUAAUAGCAGCUGGUCAGAAAUGUCCCCCUGGGUGAUUGGCACCAAUUACACUCUCUAUCCUAUGACUCCUGCUAUUGAGCAGCGACUUAUUCUUCAGUAUUUGACCCCUUUAGGAGAGUAUCAGGAGUUACUUCCCAUAUUCAUGCAACUUGGAUCAAGAGAAUUGAUGAUGUUUUAUAUUGAUCUGAAACAGACUAAUGAUGUCCUGCUUACUUUUGAGGCACUCAAGCAUCUAGCAUCUCUCCUGCUUCAUAACAAAUUUGCUACAGAAUUUGUUGCACAUGGUGGAGUACAGAAAUUACUGGAAAUUCCGCGUCCUUCUAUGGCUGCAACUGGUGUGUCCAUGUGCUUGUAUUACCUGUCCUACAACCAGGAUGCUAUGGAAAGAGUUUGCAUGCAUCCUCACAAUGUUCUAUCUGAUGUGGUGAACUAUACCCUAUGGUUAAUGGAAUGUUCUCAUGCUUCAGGAUGUUGCCAUGCUACUAUGUUUUUCUCAAUUUGUUUCUCAUUCCGGGCUGUUUUGGAGCUCUUUGACCGUUAUGAUGGUCUUCGUCGUCUGGUGAACUUGAUCAGCACUUUGGAGAUUUUAAAUUUGGAAGACCAGGGUGCACUUUUGAGUGAUGAUGAAAUAUUUGCUAGUCGCCAAACAGGAAAACAUACCUGCAUGGCUCUGCGCAAGUAUUUUGAGGCUCACCUGGCCAUUAAAUUGGAACAAGUCAAGCAGUCACUUCAGAGGACUGAGGGUGGUAUUCUUGUUCACCCCCAGCCUCCAUACAAGGCAUGCUCAUAUACUCAUGAGCAGAUUGUGGAAAUGAUGGAAUUUUUGAUAGAGUAUGGCCCAGCUCAGCUAUAUUGGGAACCUGCUGAAGUCUUCCUCAAGCUUUCCUGUGUGCAGCUUUUACUACAGCUUAUUUCCAUCGCCUGCAAUUGGAAAACCUAUUAUGCAAGGAACGACACUGUGCGUUUUGCUUUGGAUGUCCUUGCUAUUCUUACUGUUGUGCCAAAAAUCCAGCUCCAGUUGGCAGAGUCAGUGGAUGUACUAGACGAGGCUGGCUCUACUGUCUCCACUGUAGGUAUCAGCAUUAUUUUGGGCGUGGCUGAGGGUGAGUUCUUUAUCCAUGAUGCUGAAAUUCAGAAGUCAGCACUUCAAAUUAUCAUCAAUUGUGUCUGUGGUCCAGAUAACCGAAUAUCCAGUAUUGGCAAAUUUAUUUCUGGAACUCCUCGGAGAAAGCUGUCUCAGGCUCCCAAGAGCAGUGAGCAUACUCUGGCCAAGAUGUGGAAUGUGGUCCAGUCCAACAAUGGCAUCAAGGUGCUUCUGUCCCUAUUGUCCAUCAAGAUGCCCAUUACAGAUGCAGACCAGAUCCGUGCACUGGCUUGCAAAGCCCUUGUAGGCCUGUCUCGAAGUAGCACUGUUCGACAGAUCAUCAGUAAACUUCCCCUUUUUAGUAGCUGCCAGAUUCAACAGCUUAUGAAGGAACCUGUGUUGCAGGAUAAGCGCAGUGACCAUGUCAAGUUCUGCAAAUACGCCGCUGAGCUCAUUGAGCGUGUAUCAGGAAAGCCUCUUCUCAUUGGCACUGAUGUGUCUCUCGCACGACUGCAGAAAGCAGAUGUUGUUGCUCAGUCAAGGAUCUCCUUCCCUGAGAAAGAGCUGCUCCUGUUGAUACGGAACCAUCUCAUUUCUAAAGGGCUUGGAGAGACAGCAACUGUACUGACGAGAGAGGCUGACCUGCCCAUGACUGCUGCCUCACAUUCUUCUGCCUUCACCCCAGUGACUGCUGCUGCUUCUCCUGUCUCUCUUCCCCGGACCCCUCGGAUUGCCAAUGGCAUUGCAAGUCGACUGGGCAGCCAUGCUGCUGUGGGUGCUUCUGCCCCUUCUGCUCCCCCUGCCCAUCCUCCACCACGCCCCCCCCAGGGUUCAUUGGCUUUGCCUGGCCCAUCAUAUGCAGGCAAUUCCCCUUUGAUUGGUAGAAUCAGUUUUAUCAGAGAGAGGCCGUCACCGUGCAAUGGCAGGAAAAUUCGAGUGUUGCGGCAGAAGUCAGACCAUGGUGCAUACAGCCAGAGCCCUGCCAUAAAAAAACAAUUGGAUAGACAUCUUCCUUCCCCACCUACGCUGGACAGUAUCAUCACAGAGUAUCUUAGAGAGCAACAUGCUCGAUGCAAGAACCCCGUUGCCACCUGUCCUCCUUUUUCUCUCUUUACUCCUCAUCAGUGUCCUGAACCAAAACAGAGGCGGCAAGCGCCAAUAAACUUUACCUCAAGGCUAAACCGCAGGGCAUCAUUUCCAAAAUAUGGAGGGGUGGAUGGCGGAUGCUUUGAUAGGCACCUUAUCUUUAGCAGAUUUCGUCCGAUUUCAGUAUUCCGGGAAGCUAAUGAAGAUGAAAGUGGCUUCACCUGUUGUGCAUUCUCAGCCCGGGAGCGGUUCCUGAUGCUUGGCACUUGUACAGGGCAGCUGAAGCUCUACAAUGUGUUUAGUGGACAGGAAGAGGCCAGCUAUAACUGUCACAACUCAGCCAUCACACACCUUGAACCGUCAAGGGAUGGGUCCUUACUUCUGACAUCUGCCACUUGGAGUCAGCCUUUGUCUGCACUUUGGGGGAUGAAAUCAGUAUUUGAUAUGAAGCAUUCCUUCACAGAAGAUCACUAUGUUGAGUUCAGUAAGCACUCUCAGGAUCGGGUCAUAGGCACAAAAGGAGACAUUGCCCAUAUUUAUGAUAUUCAGACUGGCAACAAGCUGUUGACUCUGUUUAACCCAGAUCUUGCCAACAACUACAAGAGGAACUGUGCCACCUUUAAUCCUACAGAUGAUCUUGUCUUAAAUGAUGGCGUCCUCUGGGAUGUCCGCUCUGCACAGGCCAUCCACAAGUUUGACAAGUUCAACAUGAAUAUCAGUGGUGUUUUCCAUCCAAAUGGGCUGGAAGUCAUCAUCAAUACAGAGAUUUGGGACCUUCGGACUUUCCAUCUUUUACACACUGUUCCUGCUCUGGAUCAAUGCCGUGUGGUGUUUAACCACACUGGGACAGUGAUGUAUGGAGCAAUGCUGCAGGCAGAUGAUGAAGAUGACUUACUGGAAGAGAGGAUGAAAAGCCCUUUUGGGUCAUCCUUUCGAACAUUCAAUGCAACUGAUUAUAAACCUAUAGCAACUAUUGAUGUGAAACGAAACAUCUUUGACCUGUGCACAGACACCAAAGACUGUUAUCUUGCUGUCAUUGAGAAUCAAGGCAGCAUGGAUGCACUGAAUAUGGACACAGUAUGCAGGCUUUAUGAAGUGGGUAGGCAGCGUCUGGCAGAGGAUGAGGAUGAAGAGGAGGACCAGGAAGAGGAAGAACAGGAGGAGGAAGAUGAUGAUGAAGAUGAUGAUGAUACUGAUGAUUUAGAUGAACUAGACACUGACCAGUUGCUGGAGGCAGAACUGGAGGAGGAUGACAACAAUGAGAAUGCAGGAGAGGAUGGAGACAAUGACUUCUCUCCCUCUGAUGAAGAGUUAGCAAACCUUCUAGAGGAGGGAGAGGAGGGGGAAGAUGAAGACUCUGAUGCAGAUGAGGAGGUGGAGCUGAUCCUGGGGGACAACAGCUCAGACAACUCUGAUUUGGAAGAUGACAUCAUCUUAUCUCUGAAUGAGUGAUGUGCCAUUCCUACUUGGAAGAGAAUCUUGGCAGGCGAGAGAAACUGAGUGAAUUCAGAACACCUGCCCUUUGCUGCCUCCCGGGGCUGUCAGUUAAGGAACUGUAUGCCCUGCAUUCAGAGGACUCUGAUUUAAAGUCUCCCUGGAAUCUGAGGGCCCUUCUAAGAACAAUAACACACACACACACACACACACACACACACACACACACACACACAC